AUGAACUCUCUCAACAUACUCUCCGCGAUCGGCGCAACACCUCCCCCCAGCCCCUCACGCUCGCGGUCAGCGUCGCGGAACGACAUCUUUGACGAGAAGAGCCAGCCAGACAAGUCAGAAGAUGUGGAAGUGGCAGACCCAGAGGCCUCGAAGGAGCAGGACAGCAUGGCGGUAGCCGAGAAGGAGGGGGACGGCACUACGGACAGCAGUACUGCGCCUGCUGAUGAGAAGACACCGCUGUUGAGCCAAGAGAAACCUGGGCGCUUUGGUGAUACGAGGGGAACCACCGCUUGGACAAUACCCAAGCGUAUUGCCGGCUUUGUCGUCGGCGCCUGUCGAGUGGUCUUAUCAGCUCUCGUUGCGCCGGGAAGGUACGUGAUAGCAUGUUUCUACGAUGACGAAGGCCACUUCUCCGCCAUCCUACCGAUCCGAAUGGCAUUCGGUCACAGACGACGGAAAACAUCGGUAGCGGUACUGGACGUGGCAGCCGUCGACCGAGCGGAUCGCGCCGGUGAGCGUAGGUCAAGAAGCGGCAGCGAAAGCAGGGCGAGGACAAGAAAGUCCGGGCAGCGCUCAGCGUCUGUUGCUUCGGACUCAACAGCAAUGUCAUCAGAGUCUGAAGGUGAACAGCCUCCCGCUCGUGUACCUGAGAAGGAUUCUCCAUCCCAGCAUACAAGGUCCAGGUCAGUUCCCUCCGCUGAGGAGGAAAUCGCACCCGCGAAGCGCUCCAUACGUAUCAAGUUGCACAGCGACGAUGCACUCAAGCAACGUAGGAGACUUGCUCGGACGAAGACUGUCGCUCCGAAGUCGGCCCCUACCGAGGAAGCUACUGCUGAGACGGCGGCAGCGCUCAAGUCCCCGACCAGCCCUGCUUCUGUUGCUUCAUCUAGACACAAGUUCCCACGAGCUCCCGCUCCACCGCGGCCGCUUGUGCCGCGGAGAAUGAACUCCUAUACCGCAUCGCCCCUUUCUAUGGGGACUUCGCAGAAAACGCUUAUAAUAGAUCUUGACGAGACACUCAUCCACAGCAUGGCAAAGGGCGGGCGCUUCACAACCGGCCACAUGGUCGAGGUGAAGCUUCCGCAGACCAUGGGACCAGGCGGUAUCAUGCUGCCUCCCCAACACAUACUGUACUACGUGCACAAGCGACCGCAUUGCGAGGAGUUCCUCAAAAAGGUUUCCAAAUGGUACAACCUCAUCGUCUUCACAGCCUCUGUGCAGGAGUACGCCGACCCCGUCAUCGACUGGCUUGAGCUCGAGCGCAAGUACUUCAGCGCGCGGUACUACCGCCAGCACUGUACUUACCGUAGCGGCGCGUACAUCAAGGAUCUAAGCCAAGUCGAGCCGGAUCUGAGCAAAGUGAUGAUUCUGGACAACAGUCCCAUGAGUUACAUCUUCCACGAGGACAACGCCAUUCCAAUAGAAGGCUGGAUAAGCGAUCCGACGGACAAUGACUUGCUGCACCUCAUCCCCUUCUUAGAAGGCCUGCAGUAUGUGACCGAUGUACGGGCGCUGCUGGCGUUGCGGUUAGGGCAGCCGGCGACAGUGUAG